AUGGGAGGAAAAAGAACAAAAAAUGAUGGAGUUUAUGCAGCAAUCUGCAUGGUUCUCCUUUUUUCUCCCCUUGUUCUGUCGCAGAGUUCACAGAUACCGGCAGACAAAUCAAAAGUAAAUUCUUGGUUCAGUAGCGUUAUCAAGCCCGUCAAUCAAAGGUCCGGCACUAUAGACCCAGAUGUAGCCAAGGCCGAGGCUAACCCUAAAAUCAUAAAGGUGAGGAAAAGCGGAGGUGGGGAUUUCAAUACCAUUACAAAAGCCGUCGAGAGCGUUCCAAGAGGGAACAGCAAACGCGUGAUAAUAUCCAUCGGAUCCGGAACUUACAAAGAGAAAAUCACAGUUCCUCGAGAUAAGCCUUUCAUUACAUUUUUGGGAGACCCCAAGAGCAUGCCCACUUUGACGUUUGAUGGCACCGCCAGGCAGUACGGAACCGUGGAUAGCGCCACUCUUAUUACCUUGUCUAGUUACUUUGUGGGUGCUUAUCUCAAUAUAGUGAACUCUUCUCCAAUGCCGAGUGGGAAUCCAGGAGCACAAGCGGUUGCCUUGAGAGUAUCCGGUGACAGAUCGGCGUUUUAUAACUGCAAGAUGGUCGGUUUCCAGGAUACAGUGUGCGAUGACAGGGGCAACCACUUCUUCAAGGAUUGCAAUAUUAAAGGCACUGUUGAUUUCAUUUUUGGAAGUGGGACAUCUUUAUAUCUGGGCACAGAAAUAUUUAUUGAAAACGAUCCGAGACUUACAGUAAUUACGGCACAAGCUAGAGAAAGUUCAUCGGAGAAAACUGGCUACUCCUUUGUGCACGGGAAAAUCACUGGAGCAGCAAAGGGUACAUUUCUGGGGAGGGCAUGGAAGAGCAGCCCUAGAGUUGUUUAUUCCUAUACUGAUAUGAGCAAAGUUGUGGUUCCUUCCGGCUGGUCUAGUGAAAUGCAACCAGAAAGAGCCAAAACUGUUUUCUAUGGAGAAUACAAGUGCACUGGGGAAGGCGCAAAAUUAAAUAAGCGGGUGGUAUUCGUCAAAAAGCUAACUGAUAACGAAGCCAAACCAUUCCUGUCGCUUGACUACAUUGGAGCCACCAAAUGGCUCCUUCCUCCUCCAAAGAUCUGAUUAAUCUAUGCCAUG